GGGCGGCCUGGAAGAGGGAAGUCGCGGUUUUCUCGGGAAGGACGGGAGAGACUUUCGCUCUGCUGCGCUCCAUAGCGGCCCAAAGGGGUGAAGGGUCAGUCAGCGAGUUUUUGGUCAUGGCGCUCGCCGCUCGCCUCUGGCACUUUCUCCCUUGGGCACGUGCCGUCUUUCCCGGACCUUGGCUCUCGAGGGGUGUUGCUGGCUGCCGCGGACUGUGCUGUACUUGGCGACUCCGCGGCUCUGAGGUGAUGGGAAAUCUAGGAUCUUUCAAAAGAAGCUUUUUAUUCUCAGCUUUACCUUAUUUGGGUUUUGAAACAUUUCAAGUAUUUUCCCAGGCUGCUUUGGUUCAUGCCACAGCCAAAGUUUUCAGAGUUGAAGAAAUUCUCGAACAAGCAGACUACCUAUAUGAGAGUGGAGAAACAGAGAAACUUUAUCAAUUGCUGACUCAAUACAAGGAAAGUGAAGAUGCAGAGUUACUGUGGCGAUUGGCACGGGCAUCACGUGAUAUAGCUCAGCUUAGUGGGACCUCAGAAGAGGAGAAAAAACUCUUGGUCUAUGAAGCCCUAGAGUAUGCAAAAAGAGCACUGGAAAAAAAUGAAUCCAGUUUUGCAGCUCAUAAGUGGUAUGCAAUCUGUAUUAGUGAUGUUGGAGAUUAUGAAGGCAUCAAGGCUAAAAUUGCAAAUGCCUACAUUAUCAAGGAGCAUUUUGAGGUAUAUUACUCUUACCGAUUCUAUAAAACAGCAAACUCAGGCAUGGCAAGAAGAGAGAACUUGCCAAGGUGUUACACAUUUGCUGAAAUGCCUUGGUAUCAAAGAAGAAUUGCUAAAAUGCUGUUUGCAACUCCUCCUAGUUCCACCUAUGAGGAGGCAUUAGGCUACUUUCACAGGGCAGAGCAAGUGGAUCCAAACUUCUACAGCAAAAACUUGCUUCUUUUAGGAAAGACAUAUUUGAAGUUACACAAUAAAAAGCUUGCUGCCUUCUGGCUAAUGAAAGCCAAGGACUAUCCAGCACACACAGAGGAGGAUAAACAGAUACAGACAGAAGCUGCUCAGUUGCUUACAGGUUUCAGUGACAAGAAUUGAGAAUUUUUCAGAGAAGAAAGCACAUGAAAUAUCUAAGAAACAUUGCCUUUUCAUCAAAUUACAAAGAUAAUACAUAAACAGUAACUGUUCUAUGGCUCUUUUCUCAGUUCCUUUAAUGUAACCAUUUAACAAAUUAAAUAUACAAAAUUCUAAGUUUCUUCACAGAUAAUAAAAGAAAUAAUUACAAAAAGAUUGGUAGAAACUUCUCCCUGGCUCAGAGGCAGAGAUAUUGCACAUUUAGGACACCAGCAAUACAAAGUGGUAUAAGAUUUCUAAGGAGGAUGGAUCACAUCAGAAUGGGAGAUCAAGAAAAAGCUUUGUGGAAGAGGUUUCAUUGGGGGUGUGCAUUGUCAAAUUGGACUGAUGCAAAGUUGAGAUCUUGCAGAGAAGGUGCAGUGAAAAUUAGGUUGUUAGGAUGUUGAGGGUUCUUGGUAUAAAGUUGUUAAGUGAUGGAUCUUGGAACCAACCUGCAUAAGGAAAAACCUUGUCAGGAGAGGACGGAAAAUAGAGUGAUUUUUUUUUUUUUUUUAAUGUGACAUAGUCUCACAAGUGGAGGAUUGAUUUUGUCACUAGACAAAGCCCAUAUUCUCUUCCCUAAUAAUGGUGAAAGGAACACAGAAUUAAAGGGUGAAAUAGAAAUGAAGAUGUUUUAAAUAGGCAGGAUGGUAUUACUUGAGGCUGGGAUGCCACCACUGCAGAACUUUUAUAAAAAGGAUUAUCUUGAAUGUCACUUAGAUAAAUCAAGAGUGCAUGCAUAGGUGGGUUUUCCCCAAAGGAUUUGGGAAUCGUAAUGUUAACAGUGAACUGUGCGGGUGUGGGCUGUUUCUGUUAUCAUGUAUAUUUUCAAACAAAAAGGAAAACUGAAAGUCCUGGACUCAUCUCCAAUUGCUAAUCUGCUAUAUUUUACUGUUAUGUGUGUAUAUUUUCAUAUAUAUGUUAUUUCUAAACUUCUGAAAUUGUAGACAACAUACUUCAUCCCUAAAUAUUUCAGCAUGCAUUGUCUCAGAAUAAGGACAUCCUUCUAAACAAAAACCCGUUAGUACAACAAAAAGUUAACAGUAAUUUUUUAAAAUCAUCUCUAAUACCAGCCAUAUUCAUAUUUUCUCAGAUGUCCCAGGAAUGUCUUACACUUUUAAAAACCAGGAUCCAAUCAGUCAUAUAUUGUAUUUGAUUUUCUGCCUUGGUUUUUAAAAAUCUAGAAGAGUUCUUCCAUCUUUUUUUUUUUUUUAAAUCCCACCAUUCAUUGACUUUUUGAAGAGGCCAGUCCAAUUAUCUUAGAUUGUCCCUCAUACCAGAUUUGCCUUACCCCACUUUGAGAAACACUGUUCCAUCUUAUUUUCAGUGACUGUUUACUUCUAUGUAUGUUAAAUCUUCUUUGCCUAAUUUUUUAUCAUUUCUCUGAUUUUUCUUUUUACCUCUUUCAGUUUCAUUUUCUUGGCUCUUUGAAUUUGUCUUCCAUGUCCCUUACUUUUGAUUUUCUUCAUCAGAUACAUUUUGUCUUCAAUUUUGAGAUGUUUGUCUUUUUCUUCCAUUUUUUUUUCCUGAUUUCAAUCAGCAGGCAUUUCACAUUUUCAUGUAGUUUGUCCAGUUCUGAGUUUUUGAAUUUCUAAUUUGAUUUUUUUUUUUUUGGUAUCUAUAUUUACACUUAACUCAUUAGUAUAUUGUGUUAAUAACAGUUUUUUUCUGUUUUGAGCAUCUUCAUCCAUCUGAAAUCUUCUCCUUUUCAAUUUUCUCUGUAGAGUGACUUUCAAUAUUUUCUGGUGAUUUUUGUAUGUGUGUUUUGCAUUACCAGCAGUACCAGGUAAUCAAAUGGGAAGUGAAGGGUUUGGAUUUGUUCAAGAAUAAUCUCUAUGAAGUAGUUUUUGUGAAAUGAGAUAUCUUUCAGUAAUAAAGCCUUUUAUGGGUAG